GUGCAUGCUACGUGCGCUUUAUCAAGCGUCUUCCUGCGCGGCAAUCUUCCCAGUCUCUCAGCUCCUGCACGGUAGCUGUUCUUCCAGUUCUUUUGCAUAAUUUGGAGUACUCAAAUUGACGGCCAUGUCUUCUGAAGAAGGGAAGCUUUUCGUGGGAGGACUCAACUUCAACACCGACGAGCAGGCUCUUGAAGACCACUUCAGCAGCUUCGGUCCCAUUUCGGAGGUGGUGGUUGUCAAGGACCGGGAGACUCAGCGAUCCCGGGGUUUUGGUUUCAUCACCUUCACCAAUCCAGAGCAUGCCUCAGAUGCCAUGAGAGCCAUGAAUGGAGAGUCUCUGGAUGGUCGCCAGAUCCGUGUGGAUCACGCGGGCAAGUCGGCCAGGGGAACUAGAGGGGGUGCCUUUGGGGCCCAUGGGCGUGGUCGCAGCUACUCUAGAGGUGGUGGGGACCAGGGCUAUGGGAGUGGCAGAUAUGACAGUCGACCUGGAGGAUAUGGGUAUGGAUACGGAAGGACCAGAGACUAUGGUGGCAGAAGCCAGGGUGGUUAUGACCGCUACUCUGGAGGAAAUUACAGAGACAAUUACGACAACUGAGAUGAGGCUUGUGCACCUAAUGUAGAUACACAAGGAAUAAAACUUCUGGUCCAGGAUCAUCCUUCCAAAUGGCUGUAUUUAUAAAGAUUUUUGGAGCUGCACUGACACAUCUGUUUUAGUACAUCAACUUCUAUUUUUGAACUGAGCUCCCAAGGUAGCUUGUCAUAAAGAACUUUUAGAAAGCUCCAUGUGUUUUUAAAAUUUUUUUCUCUUUUAAAUAAUAAUCCUGGGACUUUUGUAGAGUGGGUAUUUUUUCCUUCUACCAAUUUCUCAGUUUGGGCUCUCAGGAUUACUGAUUAUGGCAAAAAAAUAAUGUUCAGACUGCUUUUUAAAAAAAAAUAACGUGCGUUUAUCAUGAUAAGGAAGCAUUUCCAAAUGCAAAUACAAGAAAUCAGCACAAUUAGAGGUGGGUUUUUUUUAUUCAAGGUCCCCACCCUUGAGAAUACAGAAGUUUCUUAAAAUAUUUGUGAGUGUCCUUUUUUUUUUAGUACUGGAAGAAAAAAAAUACUCUGUUCUGUCUCACUAGCAUUUUAGGAUGUUCUUCACAGAGCUGAUUAAAAAGUUUAAAAAUGAAAAA